AUGUAUAACAAGGUGAAGGCAGAGGCAGAAUGUAAGAUGUCUAAGAAUUCACUCACUGCUAUUCUUGAGGCUAAUAAAUUUAAUGAAACAAACUACAAUGAUUGGAUGCAAAAUCUUAGGAUUGUCUUAGACUUUGAGAACCAGACCUAUGUUUUGGAUAGGUCUCUUCCUCGAACUUUGCUAGAAGGGUCCACAUGCGAAGAACGUUUGACGUUCGAGACUGAAAGGUUCGUAGUUUAUGCGGUUUCAAACCGGCAUAUUAUAUACACCGUGACAAAAGCAUUUUUGGGUGCCAAGAUGAUUGAAGAAUCUUCUGUACAGAAGCAUAGGGUUAAGAUGUUAUCCCUUAUGGAGAAGCUCAAGGACCUCAAGAUUGAUCUUGAAAAAGAGACGUACAUUUAUGUGAUCCUUCAGUCUCUUCCUCCCUUCUUUAACCCAUUUAUCCUGAACUGUAACAUGAAUGGGCUUGACAAAGAUCUUCAUGAGUUGAUAAACACGUUGGUCGCGUACGAGGUAGCAGUUCAAAAGUCUGCACCGUCGGUAUUGGUAGUAGGGGUGGCAUAUGAGUCGAGUCGGCUCGCGAAUUUUGCGAGCCGGGUCGAUUUUGAGCUCGACUAA